GACUAAACACUCAAACACCACCCCGCGCGCUCUCUCCUUCUCACUCAGCUCGACCUAGAACCCUAAAACUGGAAAACUCAAACACCAGCCUCUCUCCUUCUCACUAAGCUCUGUCAGAUCUCGAUUCUUACGUUCUCCUUCAUCUUCUCACUCUCUCGAUUCUUCUUUGUAGUCUCUCCUUCUUCUUCUUAGUCUCUGCUUCAUCUUUCAUGUUCGGAUUAAUGGAGCUCUCCAGCAAGAGCUGUUUUCAAUUAUCUGGGAUUUGCCCAAUCAAUUUAUGGGUCUUGUUUCUGGGAUUUGCCCAAUCCAAUUAUCUGACCUUAAUUCCUAUACCACUCAAUCAUUUGAACAAAUUUAAAAGUUCAACCACUGUACCGAGUCGGGGCCACCAUCAUUCGCAAACACAUAAGUAGAAGAACCUUACUGUUCAAAGCUCACAAUCAAGAUUGGUCAGAGGAGAAACAACAGAGCCUCAAGAUCGGCGAUGGGAUCAGUCAGCCGUUUGCUUUCUGCUACGAGACUUUUGUGCCGGAGGCGGUCACUCUCUCUUACCAAGCGCCGGAGGUUUUGCUGGGGUCUGUCGAUUUCUCGACUCCGGCGGACAUUUGGGCCGUCGGCUGCAUCUUCGCUAAGAUGGUGACUGGGGGUGUACUGUUUGUCGGAAUCGGUGAUGAUCCUAAUCAAGCUGAUAAGCAGCAAUUGCGAGAGAUUUUCAGACAGCUAGGAAAACCGAUGUUGAAUCAGUGUCCAGGACUCACUUCGUUGCCGGCUUGGGAGACCUACCAAGAAUGGGAAGGGGAAAAGAUGAAAGAUCGGUUCUAUUUGGCAGGAGAUUUGCCAUCGGAUCUGCUGGUAGCUACAGUUUAUUUGGAACAAGAUGGAGUUGAACUUCUAUCGCAAUUACCAUGUUUGUCGGAAUUACAUUCCCUUUCUUCAGUGGUCUCCUUGGAUUUUUCAGAGGAUUUGCUUUUGCCCCAACAACAUAUUUUUUCCCUUGCAUAAUGUGGCUUGCCUUCCAGACUGCGAAAUUGUUGUAUUCAACAUUGCCAAAGUGGAACUUCAGACAUCCCAAAAACAAUUUUUUUCCCACCAACUCUGAGUUGUGGUCAUGGGAAACCUUCAGUGAAGACAUUUCUUCAUGGACAGGUGAUACAACUCUCACAGUCAUUGGUUUCUUAGAUCAGUUGAACAUCACUAUAGACCCCAAUGAUUAUCUACGGUACACCACCAGGUCAGAUUAAGCAACUGAACUUCUUUUUCCAUUCAAUGUAUCUGUGAAAAAUGUAUAUCCAAUUAUAUAAGAGAACUUUGUAGAACUUGAUGUUUUUAGUGUCGACAUAAGUCCAUCUGAAUCAUUUCUGCGUGGUGGUAAGCAUCCAAUUCUCACCG